UUUAGGUUCUGGUAUUUCUCCGUAGCGUUCGCCCUGGAACACCAAUCUCUUCAAGUCCAUGACGGCUCUCAAACGAUUUGAGAUCCUGCAGAGCUGUCAUCCGCGCUAAACAUACAUGCCUUGACUAGACCUAUAAUAUACAGUGUGCGUUACACCUGUUCGGUGAAAUCAUAAUCACAGAAUAGCUUCUGCUACCAGAACACACCAGGCAUAACUCAUCAAUUAAUCUACCGAUAUAUUUACCAGUGACAGAUAGUAGGUAGUACAUCGGUGGAACACAAUACUUCGAAUACUGAUCAGUCAUCUAAUAUAUAAGCCAACAGUUGUGAAACCAAGAUGGCGUACGUCUACUCCAAUGCGAUUCAUGUAUCCAUAGCCUUAUUGCUUCUAGGUCUUAUCCAGAUCGCUUUGGAAGUCAGUUGUUUCUUUGGUUGCUAUGCAGGUUAUCAAUAUACAUACGCCUCACCGGGAUGGAGCGGAGUCUUGGCUUUUCUGACUGGUGUAUUUGGUAUCUGCAUGGUUCGGUAUUACAAAGAAAUGAUUUUGGGUAAAUGUUUCUUUAUCUUCAGUCUCCUCGUGUUGUUCGCCAGUGCAGCUUGCCUUUUCCUCGUCGCGUUCUUCGCCUGGCGAGCCGAAUACGCCCUGGCCUACGAUGCUCAAGAGAGGGCGCGCCGACGGGGACGUUCUGAGAAACUAGUCGCUACUGGGCUUGCCAUUCAUACCUGUGUGUUAUGUGUUGGUGUAUGUCUUCUUAUAUCGUCCUGCUAUGCAUCAUGGUUAAACUGCUGCUGUGAGAAGGCACCUACAAAGAAGGGUUACGGUCUUGCAUUGGAACCAGUCCGAGUGGCACAUGGGACAUCUCAUAAUCGUCUUCGGGAAAGCCCCUAGGCCAAUUGGUCGCGACUGGGGACUCCCCUUUUCAUAGCCAUCGGGGGAAUCCCCGAGGCUAGUGGUCGACAGGGGAAUUCCCCACAAAUGACGCCAUCAUCAAUGCCAAUGCCCUGAGCUAUUUGAUUAUUAUGGUGGAAGCUGGUUGACUAUUAUCUCUGAAAAUGCAUUGUAUUUAUUUCAAGACAAGAAGGAAUAGGUACCCGUUACAUAAUGACUUAAAACAUAGUAACUUUGCCCGAAAUACCUUGGAAACAUUGAUUUUAAUUUGCUGCUGAGCAAUGUUAUAAUAGUAGUUGCCAAAAUAGCAAAACUUCCGUAUUUGCCCCCGGAAGUAAAAGCCCCUCCACUUAACCUACAUCAAUUAGCAUACUGCUGACCGUGAAGUUGAACGUAUAUUGGCUGGGAAUAAAGCAAAAUAUAUACGAUAUGUCGGCAAUACCAAUACUUUGUUACGCAUUAAAAUGGAACCUCAUAAAUGCUCACUAAAGGUGAACACGCUAUCAUUAAAACCAUGAAGCACACAUAGGAUAUCGCUACCCAUAAAAAUCUAUUUCCAACUACGCUAUGAUGUUUCUUAUUUCGAAGCUGUUGAAAUGAUUAAUUAUUUAUACCGUUCUAUUAAUUGUUAUUUAUAAAAUCAUUAGUUUUUAAUCGCCUUGCCUUUUCUGCGAGUAAUUGUUUCUUAGACACCCAACGCAUUUGAAAUAUUCAUAUGUUGAGCUUGAUUAUUUUUUUGCACGUAAAAGAUUGCACAGGCCACCCUCCCCUGUUAGAUUUUUGUAAAUAUUACAUUGUGUGUUAGAAAAGUUUAUUAUGGAUUAUAUAAAUUUAAAUUGUAUUAUUUCUGUGAAUUUACAUACAUUUUCUCUCCUUUUGAUAGUACUUUGCGGUAUUAUGUAAUUGAUUUCAGAAAUAUUAGUAGCUGACAAAAUUACAGUAUAUUGCAGUAGAAUAAAAUCUAAAUGGAUAGGGACCGAUCGAAUUCGCGAUUUAGUUUUAAUCCUGCAGAUUUUUUUUUUCAAAAUCAAAGGGUUUUAAUUCACAUCCCUCGAGAUUUAAAAAAAAAUCUUAGAAUAAGGAGCCUAUUAAAAGCUAAAUCCAGAAUUUGGUUGGGCCCUAGCUACAGUCUAUUUGGAUUUAUUUUGGCAUCCUUGCAAUUUAGGUGAAAUUGUAGCAAAUUGUAACUUCACUGGAAAAAAAAAGAGUUAAUGAUUAAAUUUCAACAGUCAGAAGUUUGAGAGGACAACACCUUACAUGUUUCACACAAUUGUUAAAUUUGUGGCGUUUUCACCCAUUGAUUUUUAAUCAAUUGUAAUACAUUCUCUCGAUAUUAUCAGAUUAUUCGGUGUUAUUCAAGCACCCAGGUGUAUACACAACACCUGAGGGUGUAGUCAUUUAAAAACACUAAAUAGGUUAUGUUUAACACUGUAGUGUAAGUAUUCCUUUAAAAACAUGUCUCUCUGGAUGAGUAGCUUGUACAUGCCUUUCAUAACGUUCUAAAUUUAUUCAUGACCAGUUCAUAUUUGUAUGGGCGGAAAUAGUAGCUCAGGUGAAAAUUAUGAGAUUUCGCUUUUUUUUUCAAUUCGAUUUUUAGCUAUGUAGUAAUUUAGUACAUGUUAUCACUGAAGUAUCAUGUAAAGUAUUGUAAAAUACAAAUUUCUUUUGACAACGGCAAA